UCGGGACUCGCUUCUGGCGGGCCAGAGGAUCCCGCUCUAGGAACGGGCCUUCGGCGCUGCGGCUGGCGCGUCCUGUGGGUGGUGGUUAUUGUUUUUACCUGCGGGCCCCAGGGCCUUUCCUUCCCGCCCCUGCGGUGGGGUCGGGCACAGAGGGCCCGGGUGUGGGGCCAGGCAGCCAUAGCCCCCGGCGGCGCAGCGCGGGGUUGGCGGGCGUGGAAUGAACGAGAUUCCGGGCGGGGAAGCGACACCCGUCCGCAGCCUGGCACACUAGCCUCAGGGCGGAGGGACUCCGCGAGACUCCUGUCCGGAAGGGAUUCAUCUACGCUCUUAUCAGCUGGAGGGAGUCAACUGGCUUGCCCAGUGCUUCCAUGGUCAGAAUGGCUGCAUCCUGGGAGAUGAGAUGGGCCUGGGUAAGACCUGCCAGACUAUUGCUCUCUUCAUUUACUUGGCAGGAAGAUUAAAUGAUGAAGGACCAUUUCUGAUUCUUUGCCCCUUGUCUGUUUUGAGCAACUGGAGAGAAGAGAUGGAGAGAUUUGCUCCAGGUCUUUCCUGUAUAAUGUAUGCAGGGGACAAGGAGGAGAGAGCCCAUCUACAGCAAGACCUAAAACAAGAGUCACGUUUUCAUGUGCUGCUGACUACCUAUGAGAUUUGCUUGAAAGAUUCAUCAUUUCUAAAAUCCUUCCCAUGGAGUGUUCUUGUUGUGGAUGAAGCUCACAGGUUGAAAAACCAAAGCUCCUUGCUGCAUAAGACCCUUUCGGAGUUCUCAGUAGUCUUCAGUCUCCUGUUGACCGGAACUCCCAUCCAGAACAGCCUCCAAGAGCUCUACUCUCUUCUCAGCUUUGUGGAGCCUGAUCUCUUUCCCAAGGAGCAGGUGGGAGAUUUUGUUCAGCAUUACCAGGAUAUUGAGAAGGAGUCUGAGUCAGCAAGGGAACUACACAAACUCUUGCAGCCAUUUCUGUUGAGGCGGGUGAAAGCUGAGGUAGCUACAGAGCUUCCCAAGAAGACAGAGGUAGUGCUGUACCAUGGCAUGUCAGCACUGCAGAAAAGAUACUACAAGGCCAUUUUGAUGAAAGACCUAGAUGCAUUUGAAAAUGAGAUGGCAAAGAAAGUUAAACUUCAGAAUGUCUUGUCCCAGCUUCGAAAGUGUGUGGAUCAUCCAUAUCUGUUUGAUGGUGUGGAACCAGAGCCUUUUGAGAUUGGGGACCACCUGAUUGAGGCCAGUGGGAAACUUCAUCUAUUGGAUAAGCUGCUGGCAUUCCUGUAUUCCAGGGGCCAUCGAGUUUUACUUUUCUCCCAGAUGACCCAGAUGUUGGAUAUUCUCCAAGACUACAUGGACUAUAGAGGGUACAGCUAUGAGCGUGUGGAUGGUUCUGUGAGAGGAGAGGAGAGACACCUGGCCAUUAAGAACUUUGGACAGCAGCCUGUUUUUAUUUUUCUCCUGAGUACCAGGGCAGGAGGAGUUGGCAUGAACUUAACAGCUGCAGAUACCGUUAUUUUUGUCGACAGUGAUUUCAAUCCUCAGAAUGACUUGCAGGCAGCUGCCAGGGCUCAUCGGAUUGGCCAGAACAAGUCUGUUAAAAUUAUUCGGCUGAUUGGCCGAGACACUGUGGAGGAGAUAGUCUGUAGGAAAGCCGCCUCCAAACUGCAGCUGACCAGUGCAGUCAUAGAGGGAGGCCAUUUUACUCUGGGGGCCCAGAAACCUGCAGCCGAUGCUGACCUCCAGCUGAGUGAGAUACUCAAAUUCGGUUUGGAUAAACUGCUGUCAUCUGAGGGCAGCACCAUGGAUGAAAUAGACCUGGAGACGAUCCUGGGAGAAACAAAAGAUGGCCAGUGGAUCUCUGAAGCCUUGCCUACAAUGGAAGGCAGAGUCAGGGAGCAAGAGGAAGGCAAAAACCAUAUGUACUUAUUUGAAGGUAAAGAUUAUUCCAAGGAACCUAGUAAAGAAGAUAGAAAAUCAUUUGAGCAACUGGUGAACCUUCAGAAAAAGCAUUUGGAGAAAGCUACGCAAGAGGGCCGGCUACUCCGAAAUAAAAGCAGUGUUCUCCUCCCAGGCCUUGCGGAGGGGUCUACGAAAAGGAAGCGGAUUCUGAGCCCAGAGGAACUCGAGGACAGAAGGAAGAAGAGACAAGCAGCAGCAGCCAAGAGAAAGAGACUAAUGGAGGAAAAGAAGAGGAAAAAGGAAGAAGCAGAACAUGAGAAAAAGAUGGCCUGGUGGGAGUCCAACAAUUACCAGUCCUUCUGCCUGCCUUCUGAGGAGAGCGAACCAGAGGACCUAGAGGACAGGGAAGACGAGAGGUCUGCCCAGCUGGAUUAUGAAGAUCCAGAUUCAACUGCCAUCAAGUAUGUUAGCGGUGAUGUCACCCACCCACAGGCUGGGGCAGAGGAUGCUGUCAUCGUGCACUGCAUAGAUGACUCUGGUCGCUGGGGCCGAGGUGGUUUAUUCACAGCUUUGGAAACACGAUCCAGUGAACCAAGAAAAAUAUAUGAGCUGGCUGGGAAAAUGAAAGACUUGAAUUUGGGAGGCGUCCUUUUAUUUCCUAUUGAUGAUAAAGAGUCAAGAAACAGUGGGCAAGAUCUGUUGGCCUUGAUUGUGGCUCAGCACCGUGACCGCGCAAAUGCCCUGUCUGGCAUUAAGAUGGCAGCCCUAGAAGAGGGCCUGAAGAAGAUCUAUUUAGCAGCAAAGAGAAAGAAAGCAAGUGUUCAUCUUCCACGCAUUGGACAUGCCACAAAAGGUUUUAACUGGUAUGGUACUGAGCGACUUAUUCGGAAACAUUUGGCUGCAAAAGGCAUCCCAACUUACAUAUAUUACUUUCCUAGAAGCAGGGCAGCUGUUCAUCCACCAUCCUCUUCUUCUCCAGGACAGCUGGCACCUUAACAGUUGACCAGUAUCACAGUCAGCAUUCAGCAAGCAGUUAAUAUUUGCCCGGAGCUACUGAAUUAGAGUGUUUCAAAAAAGAGUCCGGAUCUGGUGGGCCUCUGUGAUACUGUGUUUUCUGAAUUCUCAUUUUGUUCUCAGGAUGUGUUACUCUGAUUUGGUACCUGUAAUACAGGGAUGCACACCUUAAUUGGGAAAGUCCUCUGGCUGUUUGCCAGGGCUUUCAUUUGCAUAGCUAUUUGCAUAAUAAUAAAUUUGCUAUCUCUAAUGGUU